AUUGCAGAAGUCAUAUUUGGUUUGAAUAUAUCGAUUUACCAUUUUGAUGAACUCAAAAGAUAUUAUUUAUCUAACAUGUCAACCUUAAUUCCAGUUUUCAGUAUGUAUUCGAAACUCAUUGAAGAGAAAAUUGCGUUGAUGAACACUUUGUAUCCAAAAUACCGUGAGGUCGCCAUUCACCGCUCAUUUUUCAUUAAUCAUAAUUAUUACAUUAAAUAUGUGCUAACCAUUGUAACAAAAGUGAGUUCAACAUGAUGUCACAUCAAAAAACUUUCAUUUUACCACAUUUUACUUUGGAUGUAUAUUAAACUAUGUUCACAAAAAAACAUUUUUCACAGUGCGCCACCAUAAUUGACACUUGUUUGUUGUUGACAGUAUGGCCGACCGCAAACGGCCCCCGUGAAAUUUUGUGAAAUUCAGCGAAAUUGCGUCGAUUUUAUUAAGUAAUUUGUAAUCGCCAGCACGUUCAGGUACGUACUAUUGCGCUGAAUUGUUUAUCCUAUGAAAAUUCAAUACUUUAAAGCUAAAAAAAAAGACGAAUUUACUGAGCGGCAAAUGGUGCCGCCUUUCCAGCUAACGUAUCCUUUCACCGCUCACUGGAACUGUUUUUCACUCCUCGAUUUCAGGAUGAAUCCGAAUCGAAAACGGAAAACAUACUCCGAAAAUGAUAUCGAGAAGGCAUUACGGAUGACCAGGCAGGGCGUUUCAAUCCGUCAGGCAGCAAGGCGACAUGGAAUACCGGCUGAAACUCUUCGCGAUAAGGUGAGGGAGAAAUACCCACUUGGCGCAAAACCCGGGAAAGAUCCGGUUCUGACAAAGCAGGAAGAAACGAAAAUAGUGAGUUGGGUAACUUCCAUUGCCCGAGCGGGAUUUCCUGUUUCAAUAAAACAGCUCCGCAUAAGUGUAGGACAAUUUGUAAGGCAGACAAGGAAGCACACUCCGUUCAGAAAUGGCAUUCCCGGGAAAAAAUGGGUAAUGCUGUUUUUAAAGAGACACCCGGAAAUAUCUGUCCGAACUCCUAGUGUCCUUGCGCGAUAUAGAGCAACAAUCACGAUGGAGCAAAUUAAAGGAUGGUUCGGUGAAGUACAUGUCUACUUAGAGCAAGACAACCUCAUACACCUCCUUGAUUGCCCAGACAGAGUCUUCAACCUCGACGAAACAUCCUUUGACCUAGUUGUCAAGAAGCGGAAGUGCUUGGCGAUGAAGCAAUCCAAGCAUGUUUACUCAGUAUUCGGGAACAAUGACAAAGAAAGCUAUACUGCUCUCUUUACUGCAAGUGCCAGUGGUGUACUGCUUCCACCACUUGUGUUGUUUCCGUAUAAACAACGGAUUCCUGGUGGAAUAGCCCUGACCGCCCCUCCCGAUUGGGGAAUCGGAAGGACCGAGAGUGGAUGGAUGACCGGAAAUGCGUUUUACGACUUCCUAAAAAACGUUUUCCAACCAUGGCUAGUAAGAGAAGGAAUCCCUCUACCGGUGCUUUUGUUUGUAGAUGGUCAUAAAAGCCAUGCAACCCUUAUGAGCACGAAUUUCUGCAAGGAUCAUGGGAUCAUUCUCAUUUGCCUUUUCCCCAAUUCAACUCACCUUACCCAACCGCUGGACGUAAGUUUUUUCCGGCCGAUGAAACAGUAUUGGUAUGACGCGUUGUCGACUUUCCGUGCUAAUCAUGGAAUGCGUACCAUUGCCAGAACAGAAAUCUGUCCGUUGCUCAAAACAGCUAUCGAGGAAUUCAAUAAUAAGGAGCAAGUGAUUGUAAGCGGAUUCCGAAAAAGCGGUUUAUACCCGUGGAAACCAGAGGCAGUAAACUUUGCUGCGAUGCCGACCAAUGAAGUAUUACAAAACGAAAAUACUACCGCCAUACCGGAUCCCGUUCAGGAAGAUAGAACCUUCUUCCACGCGUUUGAAGCACGUCUAUCAGCAGACCAGUUGAAAGAAUUUCGAAAACAAGAAGGAUCUGAAUGUUGGCGUGGAGCGACAGAAGAAACUAAUUUGUUUCAAUUUUGGAAGAAUUGGAAACGCGAAUAUGAAAACCAUAACGGAAGCGACGAUGAGAAUGAUUUCCUGGGAUUUCCAGAAGGUGAAUAUUUAACAUAGUGAAUGUAGUUAACACGGUUUAAUGCUUUUUUAUUUCCAACCAUUUCUUGUAGGUGGGGAAAACUCCAUGCCGAGGUUCGGUGUUCCAAAUUUGUCUUCAGCUAUUUCUCAAGGGGUAAUGGAAGCUCACGAAACGGAUGGACCAAAUUCUGUUCAAAUGGAGCCGAUGCCUAGUCCCUCGGAAGAAGUAGCAUUUCGAAAUGCAUUUCCAUAUCCGGAAAAGCAAAUGCAGAAAUCAUCACGUCCCAAACAGAGCAUUCAUCUUCCAGCCGUCGCGACAAGCCAGGUCUUCAUUGACUAUCUGAAUGAGAAGGAGCAGGAGAAGCGAGCAAUUGAGUUGGGAAAGGUUCAGAAACGCAAAGACAGAGAAAAGAAAAAGCAGGAGCGAGAAACUGAAAAGGAAGUGAAAAAAUCGAACCGUAAGCUGAAGUCCAAAAAAUGUGCAUCAAAAUCGUCAAAGGAAAAGUAAAAUGUGCAAAUUUGCGUUUGAUAUUCUUUACCGAUGAGAAAAUAAAAGUUACCUGUUUUUAUUAAAUCACUUUUUUAUUGUUUCAUGCAAAAAUAAAUAAUUAAUUACAUGAGCGGCAAAUGGGUACAUCAUGAGCGGUGAAUGGAUCCUUCCAUUCUUGAUGGGCGGUAAUAGGGGUCAUAAAGCUGUAAUACUUUUUUAUUGUUUUGACGAUUUAGAACAAAUGUUACUGUAGUUUUAUAUUUUUCCUACAAAAACAAUAGAAAUACCUUGCUGUUGACUAAAAAAAAUUAGUCAUAUUCGUCAAUUUUGAUUUUUUAGACUAAAAUCUUUACAAAUAUUUCGUUAAAUGAGCGGUGAAUGGCGACCUCAC